AGCCUCAUUACAGAAAAGUCAUUUGCUGUAAACAAAUUUAUUAAACUUAAUAAACAGUUAUAAAAAUGCUGAAAUUGUUAGUAGUUGCUUUGAGUGUAGCUUUGGUUGCAGAAGCCGCCCUGGUGCGUGUCCCACUGAAGAAAUCAAAUGUUGGCCAACAAAAACUGAGCAAUCUACGUUCCGAGGUAGCGGUGUUGAGUAGUAAAUAUGGCACAAAUACAUUGGCAGUCACCCCAGAGCAAUUAUCCAAUUAUCAGGAUAUGUCAUAUUAUGGCACGAUUGGGAUUGGUACACCCGCACAAACAUUUACAGUAAUUUUUGAUACCGGCUCCUCAAAUCUAUGGGUACCAUCAAGCUCUUGUCCAAGCAGUGAUACUGCUUGCCAAAAUCAUAAUAAAUACGACGGUAGCGCUUCAAGCACCUACGUAUAUAAUGGAGAAAGCUUCUCCAUUGCUUAUGGUACUGGCAGUUUAUCAGGAUAUCUCGUACAAGAUACUGUUACCAUUGGAGACAUGAGUAUAACUGGACAAACGUUUGGUGCUGCUACUUCAGAACCAGGUUCUACAUUUGUUGAUGCAGUAUUCGAUGGCAUAUUCGGUUUGGCUUAUCAAUCAAUAGCACAGGACAAUGUUGUACCACCAUUCUACAAUAUGUGGUCACAAAAUCUUAUUGACUCUAAUGUAUUUUCUGUUUAUUUGGCUCGUGCUGGUUCAAGUUCUAAUGGUGGUGAACUAAUUUUUGGCGGUACUGACUCAUCAUACUACACUGGCGCUAUGACUUAUGUACCCAUUUCUAGUGAAUCCUACUGGGAAUUCAGUGUUAACUCGAUAGCCGUCAAUGGUGUAACAGUUUGUGAGGGUUGUCAAGCAAUUGCUGAUACUGGCACUAGCUUGAUUGCAGUACCUUAUGGUGUAUAUGAAUCUGUACAGAAUGCCAUUGGUGCUCAACCAAAUGAGAUGGGUGAAUACUUCGUCGACUGCAGCUCAAUUUCUAGCUUGCCUACUAUGUAUUUGAAUAUUGGAGGCACACAAAUGAGCCUUGCGCCCUCUGACUAUAUUGUUGAUACCGAUGGUGGUUGUAUGUCUGGAUUUGAAACUAUCGGAACAUCAUUCUGGAUUUUGGGUGAUGUGUUCCUUGGCAAAUAUUAUGCUGAAUUUGAUAUGGGUAAUAGUCGUAUUGGUUUUGCUCAAGCUGUUUAAAUUUGAUGUUAAGUUUCUUAUAUAAAAUAAUACGAACAUAUAGAAUACGACUUGUGAUUACUAAUAAUAUGAAAUAAUUAUAAUUUCAAAUAAA